AUAUUAGUGAUAUAUAUAAUUCAAUCUACGGUUCCGAAUAAAUUGUAGAGGGCUUAGAAUUAUGCGCAUUUAACGGGAAUUUGUAAUGCCAGCCAGUUGUGUGCGAAAACGAAUGCAGGCUGUAAAAAAACAAAAAUGCGCGGCGUAUUUCUUGGCAAUGAAAUUAAUUGCGCUUUGACGCAAUUGAAACUUAAAAGUAUACGAAACGUGAAGUGUGCGUGCGUUUCUCAAAUGUGCAACGGCAACGUGUGUAAAAUAUGAAGUGAAUUAGCGUGAAAACUGCUGCUGCCCAAAAGAGAGUAAAUACAAAUUUGUACUUCAAUACAGAUAAACAUAUAGACACAUAAAUGCAUGCGUACAUGCGAUACAUAUACACACACAUAUGUACAUACAGACGUGCCAGCAGCAAUACUAAAUCAAACGCGUCCUAAACACGAAGGCAUCGGAGGUAAAUCGUGUUCGUUUGUUAUCCUUGGGAUUGCCUAAACUAGCUGCCGCCUCGUGUGAGAUCCUUUUAUUGUUAUUGUAGGGCGUCCUUGAAGUAGGACUGCCGACUGCGAGCUCGCUGCUGUUUUGUUUUCGAGCAAGUGUCUGUGUGUGAGUGUGCGAAAAGUGAAAAGGUGUGUGCGUAGCUGAAAGUAAAAAAGCAGUGCAAAAAUGCCGCCAGCCUUAAUUGGCAUCUCGGAGUUUGUGGAGGAGACGCGCGAUGACUACAACUCGCCCACCACCUCCACUUUUGCAUCCCGCAUGCCUGAUUGCCGCCAGACAAUUAGCAUAUUGGAAGAGCGUCUUGAGUUUGAUCGCGAGGGGUUAACUAAGCUAAAGAAAGCUGUCAAGGCCAUACACAAUUCCGGAAAUACUCAUGUGGAUAACGAAAUGUUUAUGGUGCGCGCCAUGGAGCGCUUGGGCGGCAAGGUCAUUGAUCAGGAUGAGCCCGACAUUGGCGCUGCCUUUCUCAAAUUCUCCGUGGUCACCAAAGAGCUGAGUGCACUCAUGAAAACACUGAUGCAAAACAUCAACAACAUUGUCAUGUUUCCGGUGGACUCGAUGUUGAAGAGCGAACUGCGGGGCGUAAAGGGUGAUAUGAAGCGUCCCUUUGAUAAGGCGGCUAAAGACUAUGAGGCCAAGUUUAUCAAAAUUGAAAAGGAGAAAAAAGCGCAGGCCAAGGAGGCGGGCAUGGUGCGCACCGAGAUCGAUGCUGCUGUAGUGGCCGAUGAAAUGGAAAAAGAGCGUCGUCUCUAUCAGUUGCAGACCUGCGAGUAUCUGCUUAAAUACAAAGAGAUUAAAACAAAAACUGGCAUUGAGCUGCUCCAGCACCUUAUCGAGUAUUAUCAUGCGCUGAACAAUUAUUUCAAAGAUGGCUUGCAAACAAUUGAGCAUUUCGGCACGUAUAUUGGCGAUCUGAGCGACAAGCUGCAUGUGAUCAAGCAAAAGCAGGACGAGGACAGACGUAGCUUGCUGGACUUGCGAACAUUGCUGCGCAGCACGCCGGACUUUGAGCGCGUCGAGCAGUCGUCGACAGCAGAGAAUCGCAGUGGCAGCGGUGGUGCGGGUGCUGGUUACUCAUUGCAUCAGCUGCAGGGCGAUAAGCAUCAUGGCGUGACGCGGCAAGGACAUUUGCUGAAGAAAAGCGAGGGCAAGGUGCGACGCGUUUGGCAAAAGCGGCGCUGUCGCGUCACUAGCGAUGGCUUUCUCGACAUUUUCCAUGCGGAUGAAUCGAAGCCGCCGACGCGUGUCAAUCUGCUUACCUGCCAGAUCAAGCCCGUACCGGAUGACAAGCGCGGUUUUGAUCUAAUCAGCUAUAAUCGUCCGUACCACUUUCAAGCUGAGGAUGAGUCCGAUCAAAAAGCUUGGAUGGCUGUGCUGGUCAAUUGCAAGGAGAAGGCGCUAACCAAGGCCUUCCAGCAUGCCAAUCCACAAAUGAGUCCUAGCCUGGUGGAGCUGCAAAAAACGGUCAUACGCUAUGUCCAACUGCUGCCGGGCAAUGACAGAUGCUGCGAUUGCGGUUCACGCAACGAUGUCACCUGGAUCAGCCUCAACUUUGGCAUACUUGUCUGCAUACAAUGCUCCGGCGUGCAUCGCGAUCUCGGCGUGCAUCAUUCGCGCAUACAGAGCUUAACGCUGGACAAUCUAACCACGGCCAAUUUGCUAAUAGCACGCGCCAUGGGCAAUAGCACGUUAAAUGACAUUAUGGAAGCCAAGCUUGGCAGGGGCAAGCUAAGCCAUGAGAGCAGCAUGGAGGAACGCUAUGACUUUAUACGCGCCAAGUAUGUAGCCAAGCGCUAUGUGAUGCGCACCUGCGCCGAUGACAAUGAUCUGCGCUCGGAUCUGGAGCAAGCUAUAGUGAAUGCAGACAUUAGUCAACUGCUGCAGGUGUGGGCCGAAGGCGCCGAUCUAACCUGCUGCUUGCCCAGCUCGGAUGCGGGCGAAACAGCGCUGCAUCUGGCCGUGCUGCGUGAGGCAGGCGGCACACUGCAUAUCGUUGACUUUCUCAUACAGAAUAUGCCGCCCAAGGGCCUCAACAAGGCCACCAAUCCGCCCGGACUGCUGGAUGUCACCGGCAAGAACACGCCAUUGCAUCUGUGCGCCAUGCACGAUCGCCGUGAAUGCAUGAAGCUGCUGCUGCGCUGUGGCGCCGACUAUGAGCUUAAAAAUUCACAAAACAAAACAGCGCUGGAUAUAGCCAAAGAAUUGGGUCAUAAUGGCUGCAAGGAGCUGAUUGAAUGUGCCAUAAAGCGUGAGAAGAGCGCCUUUGAUCACAUAAACACCGAUUGGAAUCUGCCCAACGAGGAUGGCUCUACGGAUUUCAGCGAUGAUGACACAGUUAUUGACGAACGCAAAUCUCGUUCACGUCCGCCUAGUUUCGCUGGCGGCGAUUCGCCGGUGCUGCGCUCACGCUCCUCUACUUGCGACUCCAUACAGUCCAGUUCUAGUCCCAUUGCCAACUGUCCAAGCCGUCAGUUCACGCUGCCCGCUUACACACAAUCCGCGGGCACUUCGCCAAAGCAGCACUCCAAUGUGGGCCAAUACCUAGGCGUGGUCAGCGGUGGCAGCAGCAGCAAUAACGGUGGUGCCUCUAGUCCCAGCUCGACGUGUAGUCAAAAUAUGCGCGCGGCUCGCAACAGCCUUAAUAUGCAGAGCGAGCUGGCGCAUGUGACGGGCGCCCGAAAAUCCACGUCCACAGCGAAUAUGAACUCGCUGAAGAAGCGAACAGCGCCAGCGCCGCCGCCUGGCACUUUCAGCAAUGCCCAAGGCAGCAUCUUCUAUGGCACACUUCCGCAUCCGCCCAGGCAUUCGCAGCACAUGGAUGGCAACGAUGUGCGUGCGAUUAAUCACAAGAAUCAGUCCAUGGAUGUUGCCUAUGGCACAUUGCCGCAUAUGCGCAGCGUGGAGAGCUCACCGCGCAUCACAGGCGGCACUGCCACAGGCAAUGGCAGCAAUAACAGCCUAAUACCGGGCUUAGGAUUUGGUCACAAGCGUUCACCUAGCGGUGAGUCCUUGAACCGUCACCUAGCGGGUGCUAAGCUAGUGCUGCCGCCCACGGAUGAGCUGCCGCAGCUAAAGCAUGUAGACAAAUCAGCAUUGAUGCGACCCAAAAUACCGCCUCCUGGUCCGCCAGCAGAGCGUGACAUACCCAAUGGUCAGUCGAAUGAGAGCAUUAGCUCUAUGGAUGAAGGACCCAUUGCACCGCCACGCAAGCGCAAGCAACAAAACAUGUUGAGAGUAGAGCAUUCCAGCGAGGAAACGCUCAUCAAUCAGUCUGCUAACUUUACGGACUACGAGUCCUGGCACACAGAUAUGGACUCCUCUGGCGGUGGGCUGGAUCACUCUGCCGAGUCGAAUGUUUCCUCUAGCGAUAAUGACAGACUUAACUCAUCGCCAGACAAUCAAGGCAAAACGCCAAGUGGUGUUGGCUCCGUUAACAAGCUGCACUACAAUGGCCAGCGACGCUGUCGAGCAUUGUACGACUGUGUGGCGGAUAACGAUGAUGAGCUGGAAUUUAAGGAGGGGGAAAUACUCAUAGUGCUAAAUGAGCGCACCGACGAUGAGAAUUGGAUGGAGGGUAUUAUCGAGGGUCAUCCGGCGAGGCGUGGCAUGUUUCCCGUUAGUUUUGUGCAUAUGCUGCCCGACUAAAUGGUGCCCCACACAUGUGUGUGUGUGUGUUUGUGUGUGCUCCCAGCUAUAUAUGUAUUUCUGGCGUGUGUGUAUGUGUGUAAA